UCUCGUCCCAGUCAGUUGGCCGAAGCACGGCGUCGCGGUACGAUUGCCCGCCAUUUUGUUUACGAAAUUCCGUGCAUUUAAUUAAAAAUAAACCGUUUCCAUAGUUUCGUUAUUUAUACAAGUGUAUACGAAAACUCAUGUGAAAACCCAGAGACAAUUGGAUGAGUCAUAUUGAACAGUGGAUCGAAACGAAAAACGAAUUUAAAAUUAAUAUUUAAAAGAUACGAAAAAAAGAAAGUAACCGAACAUUCCAUACAUUAACUAACGCUUAACCAAUAUCGUUGCCAUAUUAACAUUUAACAAGCUUUUGUAAUUAUAAGUGAAACUGAAAAGGAGUUGUGAGUAAUCGCCUAUAAAUUAAGUGAAAAAAAAUUGUGUCAAGAGCAAAAAGUGUGUGUCAAGAGGUCUCAGCAACUUUCCUUUUGUGGAGCCGACUGGGUGACAUCGGUUUCAAUAAAAUUGUGGAGGAUCGUUUAAAACUGACCUCGGCAGUUCUCGGGCCCAUUGUGGAGGGAUUUUGGCGGAUUCCUUCAUAAUAACUCGCGACUGCACCGCGACAGAACGAUAAAGAAUCUCGAAUUUAAAUUAACCGCUGACCUCUUCGGAACUUUAAAGACCUUAAUUAUAAAAACAUUGCGUUAAAAAGUGUUAAAAAAAUUGGUGCUAUGAAGUGAGUGCUUCAGUAUGUCAACACAAUCAUAUUACAAGGAGCGCCUCGGGUUCGACCCGCAAGAGGCUAUGCAGGAUGGCGUCAACGGCGGCUCCUACUACGAGGGGCCUCAUCAGUCGAAACGCCAUCGUGGGGAAUCUCACCAAAAGGAGAGCCACGACCAAGUAUAUGAGGAGAAUUUGACAAAAUUUAAAGGUACAACUUGUUGGGACUUCUUUAUUCAACAGUCAGACGAACGGGAUGCGAUACAGAAGAAAACGUUCACAAAAUGGGUCAACAAACACCUUAAAAAGGUUUUUGCAUAUUUCACGCUGCUCGGACAGACAUACACGCGGCUUCAUGUAUGUGAGAUUGUCAAUAAUCAACCAUGUUGCCCACCUCAGCAAGUGAACCGUCAUGUGAACGACCUCUUCGAAGACCUUCGCGAUGGACUCAACCUUAUUUCGCUGCUGGAGGUGCUUUCUGGCGAACAUCUUCCGCGCGAACGAGGCCGCAUGCGGUUUCAUAUGCUCCAGAAUGUACAAAUGGCCCUGGAUUUCCUCCGGUACAAAAAGAUCAAGCUUGUCAACAUCAGGGCAGAGGACAUUGUCGACGGGAACCCGAAGCUGACACUAGGAUUGAUAUGGACCAUAAUCUUGCACUUCCAGAUCUCAGACAUUGUUGUCGGCCAAGAACCGAACGUGACAGCGCGAGAGGCGCUGCUGAGCUGGGCCCGGCGGUCUACGGCGAAGUACCCGGGAGUCAGGGUGGCAGACUUUACAUCAUCUUGGAGGGACGGGCUCGCCUUCAAUGCGCUCAUACACAGGAAUCGUCCUGAUCUGAUUGACUGGCGUAAUAUCAGAUCAAGACAAGUCCGUGAGCGCUUGGAAACGGCAUUCCACGUUGUAGAAAAAGAAUAUGGAGUCACCAGGCUUUUGGAUCCCGAAGACGUGGACACGCACGAGAUCGACGAGAAGUCCCUCAUCACGUACAUCUCGUCGCUGUACGAGACGUUCCCGGAGCCGCCGGCGGUGCACCCGCUGUUCGACGCCGAGUCGCAGCGCCGCGCCGCCGCCUACACCGAGCAGGCGGCGCAGCACCGCGCGUGGCUGCACGAGAAGUGUUCCCUCAUGCAGGACCGUGCUUUCCCGUCGACUUUGAUUGAAAUGAAAAAGUUGCUUAGCGAGAGCACGCGCUUCCGCAAUGAAGAGGUGCCGCUGCGACAGCGCGAGAAGCAGAAGCUCUUCCACCAGUACCGGGAACUAGAGAAAUACUUCGAAUCAGUUGGCGAGAUCGAAGUGGAGCCUACUUUGCGACCGGAGGCCCUGGAGCAGUCGUGGGCGCGGCUGCUGAUGGCCGCGCAGGAGCGGGAGCGGGACCUCUCGGAUGAGAUACGACGCCUGGAGCGAUUGCAGCGACUGGCAGAAAAGUUGCAUAGAGAUAUAAAACAAACCGAAGCCGGCCUCGAUAACGUUGAACGUCAUAUCGAGAGCGAAAUACGCCGAGUGGAACGCGGCGUGCAUCCCGCCGAGGCCAAGAUGGCCGCCGAGCAGAUCGAGCAGGAGUUGAGGAGUAUGGAGCACACCAUACAGGAGAUGUUCCAAGACUCGCACGCACUGAGAGAAGGACGGUACCCACAGGCCAACGACUUACACAGGCGAGUGCAACAAGUCCACGACAGAUGGAUAAACGCGCGGCAGUCGUUCACGGGACGGCUGGUGCCGAGGCUGUCGUCGGUGCGCAUGCCGGUGCAGCAGACCACCGUACGCCGCGAGACGCGCACCGUGCUUGAGACCCGGGUGCACGACACGGACCCCAAGUUCCAGCAGUUGCAAGAAGCUACUAGAUGGUGUAAAGAGAGACUAAAAAAACUUCACGAGGCUGACUACGGGUCAGACUUGCCUUCAGUACAACACGAACUAGAUAAACACCAACGAGAACACAAACAAAUCGACCAGUUCCAUUCUAAGGUGGAACAAUGUGUGCAUAAUCGAUCAAACUUCACUGGCGAAGAGCUUACCCUUUACAACCAACAUUUGAGUCAACUGCAAAAACUUUAUGCUGAACUACUAUCUACUAGUACUAAAAGAAUAUCAGAACUGGAUGCGCUUCAAGAGUUCCUCCAAUCAGCGACGGCUGAGCUCAACUGGCUCAACGAGAAAGAACAAGUGGAAUUGUCCCGCGAUUGGGCAGAUCCUCACAUCAACCUGCCCGCUGUUCAGCAUUAUUACGAGCAACUGAUGUCGUCGCUGGAGAAGAGAGAACUUCAGUUCAGUAAUGUAAUCGACAGAGGAGAGGCGUUGAUUGCACAACAUCACCCAGCUAUGAAGACCAUUGAAGCUCACUUACAGGUGAUGCAAUCGCAAUGGGCGUGGGUUUUACAACUAACUCUGUGCUUGGAGACGCAUCUGAAGCACACCACACACUACCACAAGUUCUUCGAACAGGUCAAAGACGCCGAGAAAUGGAUACAAAAACGCGAGGAAGCCUUAAACACAACAUUCUCGCAAUCCGAAUUCACGCUCGACCAAGGCGAGCGUCUGCUCAAAGGCAUGCAGGAUCUGCGCGAGGAGCUGAACGAGCAGGGCGCGGCGAUAUCGCGCCUGGUGGAGGAGGCGCAGGAGAUCAGGCCGGUCAAGCAGCGCCGCGCGCCCGUCACUAGGCCGCUCAGGGCUGAGACUGUUUGCGCUUAUAAGCACGCCAAUGUGGCGAUAGAGAAGGGGUCAGCGGUGACCGUAGUGGACAACUCGGGGCGAAGUCGCUGGCGAGUGCGUUUGGGCGGCGCGGGCACCGAAGUGCAACUGCCGGGCGCCGUGCUGGCCUUGCCGUCUCCUUGCCAGGAAGCCCUCGACGCGGCCGGCGCGCUACGCAAUGCUUAUGAUAGAGUCAUCCAACUAUGGCAGAGGAAGCAACUCCGGAUGCGACAGAAUAUGAUCUUCGCUACCAUCAAGGUGGUGAAGGGAUGGGACUUCCCACAAUUCGUGGCAAUGGGCGCGGAGCAACGUCAAGCCAUCCGCCGCGCUCUCAACGAAGACGCAGAAAAACUCCUCGCCGAAGGAGACCCCGCGGACCCUCAGCUGCGGCGCCUGAGGCGGGAGAUCGAUGACGUCAACCGACUCUUCGACGAGUUCGAACGACGCGCGAGAGCUGAAGAGGAUUCAAAGAAUGCAGCGCGUAUUUUCACCGAACAAUCUUCGAACCUGCUGGAAAGGCUGGAAGUCUUCGAGCGGCAGCUGCAUGAGCGCAUCGCGAGCCACAUUCCAAGGGAUCUGGACUCAUUGGAACACCUAGUCUUACAGCAUAAAGACUGGGAAAGCAGUCUUCUUACGUUAUCAUCUGAUGUAGAAGAAGUGCAGACAACAUUCAGAGGCAUUGCGCUCAAGACGCCCGCAAUGAAGAAGAAUCUCGACAAGGUCAUGGGCAAAUGGAAUGACAUGCAAUCCAAGAGUCAGCUAUUUGUUGAAAGAUUAAAGUUCGUCGAAAUUGUUGUAAACAGUAUAGAAGAAAACAAUCAGACAAUUUCCGAGUUUGAGAUCAAACUCGCGCAGUUCAGCGAUUUGCCUAACGAUGUUGAAUUGCUGAAAGACAUUCAUGAAGACUUACUCCGAAUGCAAGUUGCAGUCAGCAAGCAACAAGUUCAAGUCGACCAAAUGAACGAUGAUGCGGAAAAUUGCCGCCGUCUUGUGGAGAGCUCGAGGGCAGCCCUCCCUCAUACCUCGUUGCCGCGAUCUGGCAAACACAUAGACCUUGAACGCCUCGACAAAGAGGUGACUCAGCUGAACCACAGGUGGAACAAUGUGUGCGGACAGCUGGCUGAAAGAUUACGAAGUUGCGAAGCAGCGUAUCAACUGCUACGCAACUAUAACGCCGGGUUAGAGAAAGAGGCCGAAUGGAUCGACGACGCAUACAGCAAGUUGCAGUCGCAACCGCCAAUCGAAAUCAGGCCCAAAGAACAGUUGGAGCCUACCAGGGCCCUACUGACGAGUGCCGUAGAAAGAACACCAAAGAUCGAAAAAGUGAAUGUAGACGGCGGAAGAUUUAUUCGAGAGGCAAAGAUUCACUCGUCGAGAUGCCAGCGAUACGUCGAAUGGCUAUGUGAGGAAAUACACCCAUCCCUGGACACAAGGCAGCUAAAACGACAGGCGGAUAUGGAACUCGCAGAGCGUCUGAGGAACCGAGGCUGCGUGGAUAUCAUACCUGGAGAGCAAAUUCCUUCUGGCGCAGAAGCUGUGGCGAAGGAACUUGACGAGCUGAACGCUAAACACCAAAGACUCCUAGACAUGUUGUAUGAGAGAUUAAGAAGGAUAGCGGCCGCCAAUCCAGGAGAUAUUGUUACAUUGCGCCUCGUGGAGGCAAUGGCGCCGCGCUCAGCGCGUUCCUUCCGUCAGGAAUUCAACAUGCAGGACCUUGCGACCACUGAACACACCUACACUACCCAUUACACCACUGAGAAGUACGUCCGGACGUCACACUCAACAGAGCUCGAUGGCCAUGCACCUAUCAAAUCAAUGACUAACGGCAAAUUGAACUCUCCGAACUACACAACAAAAACAAUUAUCGGCGACGACGACAGACCAGAUAUAAGAAAUCUCAAACGUGUUCAUAAAAUGUACGAAGGUCCAAAUAUUAUAGAGUCCAGAGGUAUAGUUCAUCCCGAAACGAGGGAAAUAUUGACUGUUGGCCAAGCAAUCAGCAUGAGAAUAUUGGACGUACGAACGGGUAGAUUAUUAUCCUCUCCUAAUACAAGACAAACCAUGACGAUAGAACAAGCGGCCAAAGAAGGUUUAAUAGACCCCAAGUUAGCUGCCAGAUUGACAGGACCUUGCGGAAUGACAGAAGAUGGAAACGAAGUCACUUUACUGGAAGCAAUUCAAAGAGAACUCUACGACGCGGAGCAAGGAUUGAUUGAUCCGGCGGAAAAGAGAAUCAAGGUGACUGAUGAGGGUGAAAGGCCCGGCCAAGGAAUGAGUAUAUCGGACGCGUUAAAUCGCGGUCAGGUCGAUUUACAGAGAGGUCUCUACAGGCUCUCUAAUGGAAGCUACAUAACUAUUGCGGAAGCCUACCAACGGGGAUACCUUAUUUACAAUGAGAUUAUCAAAAUAAAAUCAAGCGCUUUGUCUUUAUCGGAUGCAAUUACUCAAGAUCUAGUAGAUAAUAAUGGUUGGAUCCUGGAUAGAAACUCGGGUGAUAGGUUCCAAUUAGAAGUUGCUAUAAAAAACGAAUUAAUUAAUCCAAACAUACGAGAGAUAGUAGAUCCCAAAAAUGAUACUAAAAUAACACUCGCUGACGCCAUAGAAAAGAACAUAAUUAAUACUAAACAUUCAAAAUAUGUUCACAAUAUAACUAAGGAAAAAAUGUCGUUUAAGGAGGCUGCCAGUAAACGUUUUAUUUGUAAACCAAUGACACUCAAAGAUGUUUGUGAUAAUAAUUUAAUGACUAAUGAUUGUAAAAUUUUGUCACCAACAAAUAGGACACCUUUGAAUAUUUUAGAAGCAAUAUCUAUUGGCGUGCUUGAUAGUGAUAAUAUAAAAUGCGUUACCGAUACAACCACCGGACAGUUGCUCACAUUAUCAGAAGCUUUAGGCUCUAGAAUAAUUCUUCCCGAUAAUAAGUUCCGUGAUAAUUUAACAGGAGAAAUUUGCACCAUACCUGAAGCAGUAGAUCGAGGUCUCAUAACGUCUGUGUCUCAAAGAUCAAUUUUCGAUAUUGAUGGUUUUAGAGAUCCAAAAACCGGUGAAUUUGUUUCCUUUAACACAGCGUUAAGUAAAGGUAACUUAAAAUACGUGAAAGGUGAAACUUUCUUAAAAUCCGAAAGCGGUGACUUUGUAUUUUUAGAAGACUGUCCUAAAGUAUCAAUUGUUCGUCCUGAAGUUUUAGAAAUGUUUAAUCGAAAGAUAGGUGUUUUUGAGAAUGAUAAAGAGUUGACUGUUUUAGACGCAGUGUUCAAAAAUAUUCUUGAGCCUAAAACAGGCUAUCUCCUUGAUCCUGCGACUAAAAAACCAAUACCAUUUAAUAAAGCCGUUGAAAUGAACAUUAUUACUCCCGAAGGUGCUGCAUUAUUAAAUUCAUUAUUAAAUAUUACUCUUACUCUCCAAACUGUAACCAAAACUGUGAAAAGGUACGUAACCGUGACAAAUACAAAUACUACGCGGAAGUCUGAAACUAUCGUUACAUUUGCUGAAGCUAUACGACGUGGGCUAAUAGAUGAGACGACACAAACUUUUACGGAUCCAACAACGGGUAUUGUGUUCCCCAUUCAACAAGCCUUAGACGAAGGAUUGCUAGGUGUUGACCAAAAUGAACCACGAAUCGUUCGGCUUUCAGAUCGUGUUACGAAAAAAGAUUUGGUCCCCGGUCAAGUAGUAGAAUUGAAGAUCACGAAAAAAUCUUUUAUUAAAGAUAUGCCUUCUAGUCCUGAAAGUAAACUACAACAUGAUAACAGACCCGAGACUGAUAAAAGUCCUGACUAUACAAUUAGAGAAUCAGUUCAACCGCGAGAAGAAGUAACUCGACAGAUUAGAACUGUAACAUUAACAUCGGUCACUUCAGACCCGUCUGUAACGUCCCACACCAUAAAGAAAAACACUAUAGAAUUACCACGAGGAGGAUGGACUUUAAAAGAGUCUAUACAACAAAAUCUGUUUGAUCCGGAAACCGGCAUGUUUAUUAUUCCAGGUACUGAUAGAGUCCUUGAUCUUCAAGAAGCCGUUAAGCUUAAUAUUAUUAAUUCUGAAUCAGCUUCAGUUCUAGAUACAAAAUCUAAAAAACAAAUGCCUUUACAUAAAGCUUUAGAUUUACACCUUAUAGAUAGUACUGGUCAUUAUAAAUAUAUAACUGAUAUAUUAACUAUGAAAGAGGCUAUUGAACGAAAAUUUGUUACCUUCGUUAUUCUUUCGACAAAUAUAUCUAGCCAGAAAGUGAUUACUAUCACGUCAGUUGAAGGGAUGCCCGAUCAAAUGGAAAUUUCAGAAGUACAACAUACGUUUGUUGAAGAGUCCGAGGAACAAUCUUUAUUAGAACCUGUCCAAGUAGCUCCCGGUGUUAUUUACGAUCCAGCUACAGCAUUAGUUAUAUCCACUACAUCUGGCAUUUCUGAGAAUAUCAUUGAAGCUGUAAAUCGAGGUGUAGUUCCAAAUAAUACUGUUCACGUAAUUGAACCUACGACUGGAAAACCAAUUUCGUACAAGCAGGCAUUACAGAAAGGUAUUGUAGAUAAAAAAACUGGUGAAUAUAAAGAUCAGUCUGGAAAAAGAAUUAGCCUUGCAGAUGCUGCCAAGGUAGGCCUCAUAGCAGUAAUUGGAGCACCUUUAGUAGCAGCCUCGAAAGUUAUUCAGGUAGUAAGAAAUACAAUGGUUGUUGAUCCAAACACUGGUGAAGAGCUACCUAUGGAAGUGGCAUAUGAAAGGGGACUUGUUGAUCCAGUAACGUAUAAAAAUUAUGAAGAUAGUAUUACAGAUAAGACUACAGAAAUAGAAACGAAUACAUUAUUGGCACCACAAACAACGACUGAUAUAAGAGCCACGAGCGUUUUAGAUCCUGUAUCGGGGAAAAAUUUGUCAAUAGAUGAAGCAAAUAAGAAGGGCCUUAUUGACUCUAUUUCUUACAAACAAUAUAAAGAGUCUGUUGAAAACAUACCCGAAUCUAAUGUUAUUCAACAAGAACAUAAACUGAUUAAACCUGGUUCUAGUAAGGUGACUGUUUCACAAGUUUCUACUAAACCCAUAUCAGUUGGUGCGGCAGUCUCUGAAGGUUUUAUAACUGUUGAAUCUAUACAAAACAGUCUUUCGGCUGACAACAGAAAAAUGACAAACAAUGUUACUCCCUUGGGUAAAAAAGAACCUUCUUUAGAUGUUGUUAAACUUCCUAAAAGUCAAAUUCUUGAAAAAUCAAAAUAUAUUAGACGUGUUACAGAUCGUAAAACAGACUCUUCUUCAAUUGAAACUAAACCUAUAGUCUUGCAAAAGCUUCGAAAACGUGUUGUUAUGUCCAGAGAGGCUUUAGAAAUGGGUUUAAUUGACAAGGACACAGCUAAUAUUCUUGAAACCAUUAAAUCUUAUAAAGAUGAAAAAGGAUCACCUAUAAAUUUGGAAAAAGCUAUCGAGUUAGGUUUUGUCGAUGAAAAUGAGGGUGAAAUCAUAGAUCCAGUACAUGGAGAUGUUAUUUCUAUUAAAGAAGCUCUCAAACGAGGCAUAUUAGAUGGUGAUGGUCAAAACGAAGUAUUAAUACCGGUUGCUAGAAGUCUAACAAUUUCUGAAGUGUUAGAACAAGGUUUGUUACAUCCGACCACUGGAAAAAUAAUCCAUCCUGAAACGGGGAGUCAUUUAUCUCUAAGAGAAGCUAUUAUCUGUGAUAUUGUUGAUCCCUUAUCAACCAUUGCUGUGGCACCUGGACAAAACAUAACCCUUUCCGAUGCUAUGGCAAGAAACAUCAUAGAUAGUGAGAAAAACAUCGUUAAAACAAGUAAUGGUACACUUGAUUUGAUUUCCGCUGCAAACGCACAGAUAUUUCAAGAUAAAAAAUCUCCUACUUUUAUUGAGAAUAUACCCCCGGCUGGCAUGACACUAGCGGUGGCUGUAAAACAAAAUAUAAUUGAUCCAAAAACAGGUAACAUAACACAUCCUCUUACAGGAGAAGUUAUUCCUUUAGGUGAAGCUAUAGAUAGAGGUGUGAUAAUGAACAUACCUUUUCCCCAAUCUUCUUCCACCACACCAAUAGAGAAAGCAGUAAAAGAUGGCAUAGUUGAUCUCCGACAAGGAACAUUUACUGACCCAAAAACGAAGGAAACGAUUCCUGUUGAAACAGCUAUAGAACAAGGUUUAGUUGCAAUAAAACCCAACGAGAUAUCUGAAAUAGAGGGAAUGGUUACUACUAUCACGGAAACUUUCACAUCGCAACACACCAUUACUACUAAAAUGGUAGAACUCUUAGCAGAGUAUGUCCUGGUAAAUGCAAACGAAUUACAAAAUACAAAAACCGGUGAAAUAAUUUCCAUUGAAGAAGCAAGACAAAAAGGUAUUAUUCGAGAUGAACAUACUAGAAAAGAGCAAUUCAUUACAAGUGAUACAAAUAUCAGUUUUGAAGAUGCGUUAAAUUUGGGUUAUAUUGAUAUCGAGCGAGGUACCUUCACUCAUCCUAGCACAGGAGAAAUGUUAACAAUUACUGAAGCUGUUAACAGUGGUCUUAUAAGCACCGAAGUCUCUACAGGUGAAACCAAAGCUCCUCGAGAUAAAAUUAAAGAUAUCGAAAUGCUUGAUCUGAAUGAAGCGUUUGAAUUACUUUUUGAUGAAAAGACUCAGAAAUUUAGAGAUCCAAAAUCACCCAACAAAGUGAUGACAUUUAAAGAGGCGCUGGAAAGAAAUGUAAUUGAUUCCAAUUCAGUGAUUUAUAACUUGCAGACUGGUAAACCCGUCACAUUAAAAGAAGCUUUAAAAGAUGGAUCCAUUGAUAGUAAAUCUGGAAAAAUUAAAGAAGCUAGUACAGGAAAGGCAUUUGAUAUUAAAAAGGCGGCUAAAAUUGGUUUAGUAGCAAUUGUUGCAGCACCUGUUUUAGCUGGCAUGGCAAUAGUUGAAGGUGCUAAAAAUGUAACAAAUAAAAUGAUGAUAUCUAAGCAAAACGAGGAAGCAUCUCAAUCACAUGAAAAACCUCAAAAAAGUGAUAGUAUUGGUAACAAAAUGGAAGGUAUAAAACAGGUAAAAGAGAUACCUAUUUCAGGUGAAAGUAAACCGAAAUAUCAAGAAAUCACGAAGACGAAAAUUACCGACACUGAUUCUGUUAAAAUUUCACAAAGUGGUCAUAACGUCAAACCUUUACUAUUCCCGUCAAAAACUAUUCAAUCUGAUACAAGUGAAUCGACGAACAUUAACAAAUCCGCCGUGAAACCUAUAUCGAAUAUUAUAGACGAUAAGAAAGAAGUUGACUUUGUAAAUAAAAUAUCUAAGACAUCGGAAAAUAUUGGAAUAAUAAAUAAAAAUGAUUUGGUAAAACCUACCACAAAAUCUGAAAUAUCUUCUUUACAAUUAAAACGUGACAGUGAAGACCAAAACAAACCGAUAAAUACAGAUGAAACGAGGGUUCCCGAAAAUUCUUCCACAGUUGCUAAUUUACCAGAAACCGUUGAUACAGCAACAAUUGCAUUGAAAACCGAUAGUAAUAUAAAUAUCAAAAAGCCAGAAGAAAAAGCUUCUGUUAUAAAAACUACAAUAAAAGAGAAAGAGCCAAUUCAAGUUAGUUCGAAUCAAGUAAAAAUCCAUGAGACAGCACCAGAUGUCAAAGAAUUCCAUCAAAUUACCCCAGAUGGAAAGGAAAUCACAACGAUAGUAAAAACUACAGUUUCUAAAACAGAACCUACUGAAUAUAUUACGGAACAUACAAGUACAAUUGUUUCAACUAAGGCCUCUAAAGUAACAACAAUUGAAGUCACGCAAAACACUUCUACAAGUUAUAACGUUGCGGACGUUUUCGAAACUCACGAACAAAGUGAACAUCCUUAUACAGUACAAUAUCCAGAUCAAGUAGACAAAGCUAAUACAAAAAUAGAAGAAUAUGUAGAUUUACCUGCAGAAAACAUGACUAAAAAAUUAGAAGAACUGAACAAAAUUCCAAAAAGUCGUAAUAAAACUGAAAAUAUCGACGUUACAAGUGCUAGUAAAGGACUGAAAACUGACGAAGAAAAUCUACAGGUAACAGAACAAGCAGAAUGCACUAAAUCGGAAGCUCCAGAAAGUGCAAUAGAACUAAUUAAUGAAGGUGAUGAUAUUCUAAGAGAUUUUAACAAAGGGACAAUCACGCCUGAAUUAGUAACUAUUAAAGAUCCAAAAUCAGGAAAGCAAUUUACAUUAGAAGAGGCUAUAAAUGAAGGAAUUGUUAACAAAAAUACUUUGGAAAUUGAAGAUAAUACUGGUAAUAAAAUAAGUUUUGCUGAUGCUGCUAAAUUAGGCUUAGUUGCAAUCGUAGGUGCUCCAAUUUUCGCAGCGUCAAAAUUAGUCGACCUAGUAAAAAAAUCAGUUUCAUCCGAACCUGCUAUUGAUAACAAGUUUGAAACUCAAACACUUCGAACAAAAGAAAUAGUGCCAAAAAUAAUCAAACAUGAAAAAGUUAUACAACCUCAAGAAGUAUCGCAAGGAGCAAAGUAUCCGGAAAAUAUUUCACAUCCCAAAGUUGUUGACGUCGCUGUAGCUCUAAAGCCUGUCGAACAUACGGUAUUUGACACAAGCAACAUACAAACAGUAGCAAAUGAUGGAAAAACUAUAUCAGCAUUGUUAAUCGAUGCUGAAAAGCAGCCAUUGCGAGUAAUUGAUGAAAUUACCGAACAAAAUGUCACUAAAGUGAAAUCAGAACCCCUUAAAGCUCUUUAUGAAAAUGUACUUUUAAUUGACGCUAUGGCACAAGGUAUUAUUGAGCCAAAAAUUUGCCGAAUUUUAAUUAAUGGUGUCGAAUCUCCCCUGACAGUUCAAGAUUCUUUGGAACAAGAACAAAUCAGUAGAUUUGCCACUGUCGAUGUAGUAUCUAAGAACUGUGUGGUUGUAAAAGAAAUUAAACCUAGAUAUUGUUUGUCAAUUUCUCAAAAACUUACUCCAGAAGAACUGUCUGAAAUGGGAGUGUAUGAUAUUGAAAGGCAGAUAUUUAUUAAUCCUAAAACUGGUGCAAAAAUUUCUUUCGAAGAACUGGUGUAUGGGCUCAAAGUUUUUGAUCCAUCCUCUAUUCUAGUGAAAGAUUUGAGUUGCAAAUCUGAUAAGUAUAUAUCCUUCGAUGAAGCCAUAUCGCGUCCUAUUAUUGAUAAAGUUACUGGUCACAUGGUUAAUCCCAAAACAGGCAAACGUGUAUCAUUUUUGGAAUGUGUACAAAUCGGGUGGAUAGUGGAAACGCCCGAAGACACUUUUAUUCCGGAACAGAUAUCAGUUGAAUCUGCGUUUGAAAAAGGCUUGUAUAAUCCAAAAACUGGUGAAGUUAAAGAUGAAAAUACAGGUGAGCUAGUCCCUAUAGGCGAAGCAGUUCAGAAAGGUCUCAUUGAUCAAGAAUCGUUACUUAUAAAAAUUCCCGGGUGUAGUGAAGCAGUUACCUUAACUGAUGCUAUCGAACGUGGGAUCAUAGAAAUACGCGAGGGAUUGAUUGUCAUAAUUGAAACUCAGGAAGUUAUUGAAAUUACGGUGGCUAUAAGACGAGGCAUCAUUACUAUUGCGCGUAGACCGAUAUCUAUAGAAGCCAUCAUUACUCAAGAUAUGUACGAACCAAUAUCUGGUAAAAUAAAAGAUAGUGUUACUGAACAAUUAUUAGCUAUUAAUGAUGCUGUAGAAAGAAAUAUUGUACAUCCAACCAUAUCUGAAAUAAAAGAUACGGCAUUAGAAAAAUUCGUACCUUUACACGAAGCUCUCAAUACAAAACUAAUUAACCCUGAUACGGGUAAGUUGAAAGACAAGAAGACUGGUAGAGACAUUCCAUUAGAUGAUGCAUUAAAGAAAGGCCUUAUCGCUACUAAAACAGUUUCAUUCUCAUUGUAUGAUAUUAUUGAGCUUGGUUACUAUUCACCAGAUUCAUGUCAAAUUUUAAAUCCCAGAACUGGUGAAACUAUUUCCGUACGUAAAGCUAUAGAAGAUAAGUUGAUUGAUCCAAAAGAUAUUAAAAUAAAAGAUGAUAAGUCUGAGACAGUUGUUUCCUUUGAACAAGCAGUUAAGUCUGGCUUAAUAGAUUUAGAUCGCGGUAUAAUUACAUCACCUUCAGUUAACCUUAAAGAUGCGUGUGAAAAGGGUUAUUUGCUUAGUGAUAUAAAGCCUUGGUCAUUACAAGAAGGUUUAGUUCAAGGGUUUUAUGAUCCUGAAACUGGCUUAUUAACAAUAAAUAAUACUACUAUGACAUUGCAUGAUGCCAUUAAGGUUGGAAAUAUCAAUUCAGAAGUAUUGACAGUUAGGAAUUCCGACUCUGGUGAAAUGAUUUCUCUCGCUGACGCAAUUAAAGUAGGUAUUAUAGAUUCGAAAGAAGGAAAAGUAAAAGAUCCUGUUCAAGGUGACAAAAUUUCACUUACAGAUGCUUCAGAGCGUGGCCUUAUACUACCAGCUAAACGGAAACUUAGUUUACCGGAAGCUGUUUUUAAAGGAUUCUACGAUCCAAAAACCGGCAAGUUCUCAAAUCCUCAAAAUAAAGAUAAAAUGCCGACUGAUAGAGCCAUCAGAAAACGUUUACUAGAUCCGCAAUCUACGUUAGUACAUAUUGGAGGUAAAGUUAUUCCAUUUGAAUUUGCGGUUGACAAAGGUAUUGUUAAUGGUAGAACCGGUACUAUUUUAUUAGGAGACGAACGGAUAGAUUUUCGGGAAGCGUUUGAGCGGGGCAUAUUAGUAGAAGUCCGCAAACCUCUAUCACUCAUGGAAGCAAUUGAAAAAGGAGUAUAUAAUGAAAUUACUGGACUUUUCAUGGACCCACAAAGUGGAAAAAAAUAUACUCUUGCUGAUGCUAUCAAAAAGAAUUUAAUCGACCCUCAUUCUGUACAUAUUCGUGAUAAUAGGUUAGGUAAAUGGGAUAAUAUUACUCUAUCAGAAUCUAUAGAAACUGGUGUCAUUGAUGAUAAAUCAGGGAAAAUAAAAAAUAUAAACAGUGAUAAUGAAGAAAUAAACCUUGCUAAAGCUUUUGAAAUAGGUUUGCUCGUAGAUAGUAAAGCGCCCAUUAGUUUACAAAGGGCGCUUCACCAAGGCCUCUAUGACGAUGCCACUGGUAAAUUUAUUGAUCCGGUAACUACACGUAAAAUCACUUUGCACGAAGCUAUUAGGCGGUCUAUUAUAAGUCCUAAAUACCUUUGUUAUUUUGAUAAAAAAUCGGAAAAACCAUUAACAUUGACAGAAUGCUGUCGAAGUGAAAUUAUUGAUAAAAGAAAUGGCAAAUUUAGUGAACCCGGUUCGGAUAUUAAAGUAUCUCUGUCUGAGGCUAUGAGUUUAGGUCUUAUUGUGGACAUCGAAAGUGCUGGCUUCUCACUGUAUGAGACUUUGUCUAUGAACAUGUAUGAUAUUACUGAACUCAUGUUUAUACAUCCAGUCUCAGAAAGGAAAGUUUCACUUAAGACUUCUAUUGCUGAAGACUUUGUUAAUCCAGAGACAUCAAUUGUGAAAAACAUUCCAUCUAGUAAAUAUAUUAAAUUAAAGGAAGCUAUAGAAACAGGCAUUAUUGACGAGAAUGAAAGUGUGUACGUGCUACCUAAUGGAAAUCAAAUUAAUUUAUUUGACGCAAAGAGCCGCGGAUUGAUAGUAACUUCAAAGAGAAAUCUUAGUGUAGAAGAAAUAAUAAGGAACGGUCUUUUCAGAGCUGAUAAUGGUAAAAUAGUAGAUCCUAGCACUAAUGAAUAUGUGGAUAUAAAAAAAGCGAUCGAAUCUAAUCUUAUUAAUCCAGAGCUUACGAUCGUCAAAGAUAAUUCCACUGGUAAAUUCAAACCACUGCUAAAUGCAAUACAAGAAGGUGAUGUUGAUGUUACUAAAGGUAGGGUAUUAGAUACCAAAGCAAAGAAAACAUAUAGUUUGGAUAUAGCAUUUGAUAAAGGUUUGUUAGUAACCGUCGUGCAACCCCUUACAUUACAAAAGAUCACUAGACGAUAUGUUUCAGAUAUAUCCACAGCUAGAGAACCAGUGUUACGAGAGUUCACUUUAGAUGAAGCGAUAAAAUAUGAGUUCAUUAAUCCAGAUACUGCUCUAAUUAAAGAUCCCCAUAAAAAUAAGUAUGUGGCAUUAAAAUUAGCUCGAACCGAAGGUAUUAUUGACAAUAACGCUAAGGGAUUAUUUGACACUCAAAGCGGUAAUUCACGAAUGCUCUGUUUCAACUUCGAAAAUGGUCUAAUCGUUUAUAUUCGGGAACCCUUAACUUUUGAGCAAGCUAUUGAAAACGGUCAUCUUAACAUAAGCACUGCCCGGUUUACUGAUCCAGAAUCCAACGAAGUACUAACUAUUAAAGAUGCAGCUUCUUUAGGCUAUAUAGACCCGGACACAGCGCUUAUUAAAGAUAAUCUCAAAAAGAAGCUAGUAAAGCUUCCCGAGGCUUUCCGCAAAGGCUUGAUGGACGCUGAAAAGGGUAACAUUCUAGACACGGAUACCUCCAAGCUAAAUACUCUUAGCGCUGCAAUAGAGAGUGGAUUGCUUACGACACCAAAGAAAAGUUUUACCCUAAUUGAAACUUUGAACUUCGGAAUUUAUAACCCAACUACGGGUGCAUUAAACGAUCCUUUCAUAACUACCAGCGUCAUCGAUCGGAAAAGAUUAACGUUAGGUGAAGCGAUCCAACAGGGUAUAGUUGAUCCGUCUAGUACUGUAGUAAAGGAACCAGAAACUGGCAAGAUAUGGCCAUUGGUGCAAGCAAUAGAACAACAGCUCGUCAACCCCGUUGAAGGGAGACUCGUUAUUGAUCCGCAGAAAGGGAUUAGUCUUGAUUUAGUCAAAGCUCUUAAAAAGGGAUAUUUGCUGCCAGCAGAAACGAGGCAAGCAGUUGAAGAGAAAUACAGGCUUUGCGAUGAGACUCUUUCGAAAUUAUUGGAAUGGAUCGCUGUUGUCGAAGAACGAUUGGCCAAUCAGGAAGGUGUGAAAGAGGACAUGGAUGAACUCCGCAAUCAGAUCAACAUACUCAAGCUCAUCAAGGAUGACCUUGAAAGUCACCAACGCCAAGUGUCCGCGUGCGCGGAUCAAGCGAAACAGCUUCUUGUUUCCGGCGGCGAUGUUCUAGCGCCACAUGAGGUUGCGGCUCUAGAACGUGGAGUAAGACAGCUUAAACAACGCUGUGACAAAUGUUCCGAUAAAUGUGAUAGGAUGCUCCGGCGUCUUAUCGCAGCAAGAGAUGAACUCGCCAAAUUUACUAAUGAACUAAAUACGUUCAACUCUUGGAUGGAAAGCGCAUACCGCACGCUCGAAGAUAAGGAAGUGGCUUUGUCCAAAUUAGACAAUUUGAGCGGCCAAAGUGAAGACGUGCGCGAAUUUGUAUCAGAUGUGAUUGCGCAUCAAGCCGACCUUAGAUUCAUUACUAUGUCCGCUCAGAAGUUCGUCGAUGAGAGCAAGGAAUUCCUAGCACUCCUCAAUGACUACCGUACCACGCUACCUGCGCGAUUGUCACACGUGCCUGUCCCAGUGGACAGCGUGGUAAGAGAGCACGCGGCGUUGGCCAGGAGGAGACACUCAGACUUGGCCAACAGAGCGCAGCGACUGCUGGACAGACUCAGGACGGCGAGUGAUGGCUCCGCGAGAUACAGGGACGCAGUACAACGGGCUCAGAGGUGGAUGCAGACGGUGGAGCCUCAAGUGCGUGCGGUGCUGACGGAGGCGGUGGGCGGCGAGCCGCGCGCGGUGGACGCGCAGCUGUCGCGGGCCAAGGCGCUGCACACCGAGAUACAAGCGCAGGGGCGACUCGUGGACAACGCCAAGGACGCAUGCGACCAACUCGUGAAAUCUCUAGAAAGCAACCUCACACCUUCUGAAAUAAGACAACUGGAAGUACCUGUGAUAGAAAUAACGGGGAGGUACAACGAACUGAGCGACGCAGUGGGCUCGCGCUGCUCCGAGCUCGAGGCCGCGCUACUGCAGUGCCAGGGGCUGCAAGACGCCGCUGAGACGCAGGCGCAGUGGUUGACCGGCGUGGAGAAUAAUUUCAAGGGUCAAGUGAAACCCGUUUCUCUGAUCCGAGAGAGACUCGACGAGCAAGUUCGCGAGCAAAGGCUCAGCCACUCCGAGAUUGAAGCUCGCAGGCCGACACUAAAUAAACUAUUGUCAUCUGCAAGGGAUGCGGCUUUAACGCCUUCCAACGCCAGAAUUGCUAAGAAGCUGGAACAAAGAGCUGAAGAUAUUUAUGCUAGGUACGAAAAGCUACUAGAGCGUUCAUUCAAACGCACACAGUUCCUGGAAGAGGUGUCAGUGGAACUCAUGCAGUUCACCCAGCAAGCGACGACGUUGGAGUCGGCGCAUUCCCAACUCGCGGAGCUCGCCGACGCACGUGACGACCGCCACAGGCUGGCCGACCUCGCGAGCGCUCGAGACAAGCAAAUGCCGCUGCUGGAAGAGUGCUUGCGGAACGGCAAACAACUCAUCUCCAAGAAGGAUGUUACUGAUACUCACGUCGUACGCGACAGAAUGAAGGCCUUGGAGAACCAGUGGCGUGACUUCAACGUGUCGUUAGAAGAGAAACAAAAACUAUCUCAGCAAAGAGCGAACCAGCUCAACCAAUACGAAUCAUUGAGGAUACAGGUUUUGGAAUGGCUUCAAACAAUGGAAAACCGAGUUGGACAUCUGCGUCCAGUUGCCGUCGACUUAGAUAUCAUCAAACACCAGCAAGAUGAACUGAGACCACUCGCAAAGGAGUACAGGGACUUCUCCGUCAAUAUUGAUAAGGUGAACGAAGCUGGCGCGGCGUACGAGGCGUUGACGCGCGGCGAGCGCGCGGACAGCCCGCACCGGAAGAGGCAACUCUACAGCCCCACUAAGCGACAGACGCCCAGCCGCGUGGAAGGCCGCUCGCCCUCGCCCGGCAAGGCGCGCGGGCUGGUGAGCCCCGCCUCCGCACACUCUGCAUCGUCAGGGUUCUCCUCGCGCCGCUCCAGCCAAGAUGGCUUCCAUCUUGAAGAAUUAUCACCAGUACAGCAACAGAUAUCUGAAAUCAACAACAGAUACGAAUUACUGGGAACCAAACUAGCGGACAGACAGUCAGAAUUGGAUUCCGUUAGGGAAGAAGUCAGGAAGCAUCUCGAUAGUCUCCGAGCCCUUAACACUUUCCUAGACAAGGUCCAAAGGCAACUUCCCAAGGAGUCGGUUCCAAAUAAUAAAGAGGAAGCCGACAAAACUAUCAAGCAAGCGCGCGCAGUGCUUGAGGAGAUGUACGAAAAGCAAAGCAUUUUGGACUCCACUAAAACUCAGGUCCGAGAACUUUUACGUCGUAAGCAAACCGUUGAAGGUGCCGAUCGGUUACACGACGAGUCUGAAGAAGUGGCUUCAAGGUGGAAAGCACUUCAUGAAGCAUUCAAAGACAAGAUCCGCGUGAUGGAGGAAAUGAAAGACUUCCACGACACACACGCGUCCCUCUCGCAGUGGCUCGGCUCCAAGGAGCGCAUGAUGGCGGCGCUUGGACCCAUCUCGUCAGACUCACGGGUGGUGCAGACUCAAGUGCAACAGGUGCAAGUCCUGCGGGAAGAGUUCCGCAGUCAACAACCUCAAUUGGUACAUCUGGAAGAAGUGGCUCACACUGUCCUGCAGAGGUUGCCAGAUAACGAUCCCGAUGCAAACAAGUUGCGACAAAAACUGAAACUGCUGCAAGACCGUUGGAACGAUCUCCUCAAUAAAUUGGAACAACGCGCAGAAAGCUUGGGCGCGGCUGCGGAUACGUCCAGGGAACUCGACGCCGGCCUCACGCGACUCAGGAACGCUUUGCACGCGAUAUCCGACAAGUUGGACGAUGUGUCGGCACAACGCGAACCCGCCGAUCAACUGCGGGAGGUUGAGAACCUAGAAAGGCAACUGGAAGGCCAACGCCCUCUGCUCGCGGAUUUGGAAGCCGCGGGCGCAGCGCUGGCUGACGUGCUGGCAGAUGCGGGCGCGCGCCAGGACAUCCAGGGCAAGCUGGCGGCUGCGGCGCGCCAGUACGACGCGCUGCAACGGAAACUGGACCACAAGAAGGCGGAGAUUGAAGCUGCCCUCAAGGACGGCCGUAACCUCGAAGAGAGCGUAUCUCGCACUCUCGGCUGGCUGCAGUCGGAACUGACAGCCCUGCCGGGGAGACUGCAGGUGUCGGCUGAUAAGAACAAACUUCAGCAACAGGUGGCCAAACAUGAGCCGCUAUACCGAGACCUCACGCAGCGCGAACACGAGAUCAUCAUGCUGUUGGACAAAGGUCGUGAGAUGGAAAAGAAGCCAGCGUAUAUUGGACUACGUAAGGACCUAGACAGGAUUCAGACACAGUGGGACAAACUCAAGAGAGAGACAGUCGAUAGGCAAACAAGACUACAGACUGCUAUGGAACACUGUCGCAAAUACAACAAAGCGCAAGAGUCCUUCCUGCCAUGGUUGUCUGAUGCUGAAGACAGGUUGACCAAACUACCACCGGUUGCUUUCACUAAGAAAGACGUGGAGAAACAACUUCGAGAGUUGCAACAGAUUAGAAACGAUGUUUGGAAGAGGUCUGGAGAGUAUGAAAAUAAUAGAACGCUUGGUGAAACUUUCAUCUCCGCCUGCGAUGUCGAUCAAGAGCUUGUUAGAAAACAACUGGAUGUCAUGAAGGAGAGAUGGGACAGGAUUAAUAACGAAGUACUCCAGCAAGUGGAAUACCUCGAGUCUACGGCGCGAAAACUCGGCGAAUUCCUCGAAAAGGUCCGCGCUGUAGAAGCUCCCUUGGCAAGAUGUGAAGAGAAAUUGGAAGCCGCACUGGUCGCACCGCCAGCGGCAGCCAGAGAGGCGGUGGCCCGACUGGUUGAUCACGUACAUGCUUUGAGAGCGCCGUUGCAGAGCGUCAACAUGGCAGCCGACGAUAUCGUAGCUCUCGCGAUCGAGUACGGUGGACCUGAAGAGGGCAACCGUGCUAGACCGGUAUUAGAGGAGACAGCCAAAGCGCUGGCCGAACGUCUGCAAGACUUGGAGGCCAAGACCGAAGACGCCCGGGAAAGAUUAGCUGGAGCAGCCGCUGCUUUCUCACAAUUCCAGGAAAAAGUGAAAGGUGUAUCCCACGAUAUUACCGACUUAGAAAAAGAGCUAGAAAGCAUGAAGGCACCUGGACGCGAGAUAAAGACAGUGAAGGCGCAGUUAGAUGAUUUGGGACGUUUCUACAAGAGAUUGGAACAAGCUGACGAUCUAGUCGCGGACUCGGAGAGAGCGGCGGAGAAUUUGGUCGAUAGCGGCUUCGCUGAGUCUUCAAAGGCCAGAGAUCAGGUGGAAGGCAUCCGCAAACAAUUGGCCAAACUGGACGAAAGGGCGCGCUCCAAAGAACAAGACCUGGACGAUACACUUAGCAAACUGGAGGCCUUCUAUAAGGCAUACGACUCCGUUAUGGACGAUGUGGAUGAGGCUGCAGAACAAGUGAGAGGCUUGAAGCCUGUUUCUUCCGAGGUAGACCAAAUUCGCGUCCAACAGAAGGACUUCGCGGACCUUAAACAAAGGACACUUGAACCUCUAGGUGUGAACGUGUCCCAUUGCAACAAGAUCGGCCAGGGCCUUGUACGCUCUGCGUUGCAAGGGGUCUCCACUCAACAGCUGGAGAAGGAUCUAGAAAAGAUGAACGACCGGUGGAAUGCUCUUAAGGAAAAGAUGAAUGAACGUGAACGUCGUCUGGAUGUGGGACUGCUCCAAUCGGGCAAAUUCGCUGAAGCAUUGGCAGGACUCGAGAAAUGGCUGGCGGAUACGGAAGACAUGGUUAACAACCAAAAACCACCUUCAGCCGAUUAUAAGGUGGUAAAGGCACAAUUACAGGAGCAAAAGUUCCUCAAGAAAAUGUUGAUGGAUCGCCAAAACUCCAUGUCGUCUCUGUUCGCAAUGGGCAACGAGGUCGCCGCCGGUUGCGACAGCGCCGAAAGAAAAGUUAUAGAAAAACAACUAAAGGGCCUGAUGCAGAGAUUCGAUGGGUUGACGCAAGGAGCACAACAGAGGAUGCUUGAUUUGGAACAAGCCAUGAAGGUGGCAAAACUGUUCCAAGAACAAUUGCAACCUCUAGUGGAAUGGUUGGGAGUGACGGAACGCAAGCUGAAAACCCUGGAGCUGGUGCCGACUGAUGAGGAAAAGAUCCAGCAGAAGAUCCGAGAGCACAAGCUGCUCCAUGAUGACGUGCUAACGAAGCAACCUCCGUUCAAACAACUGACGGAGACCGCGUCUCAACUCAUGAGCCUGGUGGGAGACGAUGAGGCCACCACUCUUGCCGACCGUCUUCAAGCCGCCACUGACAGAUACCAAGCACUAGUAGACCACAGUCUAAACAUCGGUGAGCUUCUUGACAACUCGCGCAAGGGUCUGCGUCACUUGGUGUUGACGUAUCAAGACCUGUCCGCCUGGAUGGACGGCAUGGAACAAUACUUGGCCAAGAGGAAGAUCUUACCCGUCCAUAUGGAGAAGUUGCUAAGACAAAUGGAUGAACUAGCUGAAAAAACCGAAGAGAUCGCCUCCAAACAAGAAGCUGUAGACAGUACAGUGGAGUCUGGCCUUGAACUAAUGAAACACAUCUCGGGAGACGAGGCGUUGCAACUGAAAGACAAACUAGACGCGUUGCAAAGGAGAUUCAACGAGCUCACGUCACGAGGUGCAGACUUGCUGAGGAUUGCCUCUGAAACUCUGCCGUUAGUGCAGCAGCUAUACAACAGUCAUUCAAAGUUAACAGAAUGGAUGUCGAGCGCCGAAACGUGUCUACAGUCCGUGGAACCGCGCGAGGAGGACAUCUUGAGACUAGAGGCGGAGUUGCAGGAGUUCCGGCCUCUGCUGGAUAACAUUAACCAAGUGGGACCACAGCUGUGCCAGACAUCUCCGGGAGAGGGCGCGACGCACGUGGAAGGAAUAAUAACGCGCGACAACCGCCGCUUCGACACCAUUGCCGAACAAGUACAACGCAAGGCUGAACGAUUGCUGCUAAGCAAGAAGCGUUCGCUGGAAGUAGUCGGUGAUAUGGAAGAACUAGUGGAAUGGCUCAGAGCGGUGGAUGCUCAGCUCCGCGCAGCUGAGCCGCCCGGGUGCGAAGCCUCCGUGCUCCGCGCUCAGCUCUCUGAGCAACGGCCGCUUAGUGACGACGUCGCGGCUCAGCGAGUGCGCGCCAGAGAUUUGCUCAGCCAAGCCAAGAAGGUCCUCCGCGAAUGCCAAUCUUCCGAAGAGGCGGCAGUGAUUCGUGAGAGAAGCGAGGAGUUGAAAGAGAUGAUGGAAGAGGUUGGGCAACUGAGUGCAGCGCGGCUAGCGGCCUUAGAACAAGCUCUGCCAUUGGCUGAGCACUUUGCUGAUACGCACAAUGGACUGUCCGCAUGGCUGGACGAGAUGGAGAAGGCAGUAAGCGCUUUGGCGUUACCGGCUCUACGGCCAGAUCAUAUCGCGCAACAACAAGAUAAGAACGAGAUGCUGCAACAAUCUAUCGCCGGUCACAAGCCGCUCGUAGACAAGCUAAUAAAGACCGGAGAAGCACUUUCCAAACUGUGCGGUGAAGAGGAUGCCGCCAAAGUGCAGGACAUUGUGGAAAACGACUGCGACAGAUACAACGCGCUCCGAGCCGAGCUCAGACAAAGACAGCAAGAGCUCGAACAGGCACUGCAAGAGUCGUCCGUAUUUGCGGAGAGGUUAGAAGGCAUGGUACGUGCGCUCUCUGGAGCCGCGGAUCAGUUACAACGCGCCGAACCUGUCUCCGCGCAUCCACAUAAGAUAGAAGACCAAAUUGAAGAAAAUAACGCUCUAAUCGAAGACUUAGACAAGAGGCAGGAAGCGUACCGCGCGGUCCAACGUGCUGCCAGCGAUGUGAUGGCGAAGGCCAACAAGAGUGACCCGGCUGUAAGGGACAUUCGCAACAAACUGGACAAGCUUAACAAGCUAUGGGCCGAAGUGCAAAAGGCGUCCAGCGAUCGCGGGCAAUCGCUCGACAGCGCGUUGGAAGUGGCGCGGAAGUUCUGGCAGCAGCUGGAGACGGUGAUGGCUGCGCUGAGCGAGCUGGCCGACGCGUUGGCCGCACAGCCGCCGCCCGCCGCGCAGCCUUCCGCCAUACAGGCGCAGCAAGUCGCACUGCAGGAGAUUCGACACGAAAUCGACCACACCAAGCCUGAGGUGGAGAAAGCACGCAAAACGGGUUCAACUCUGAUGUCAAUAUGCGGUGAACCAGAAAAGCCUGAAGUCAAGAAGCACAUGGAAGAUCUCGACAGCGCUUGGGAUAACAUCACAGCGCUCUACGCGAGGAGAGAGGAAAACCUCAUCGAUGCCAUGGAGAAAGCCAUGGAGUUCCAUGACACACUACAGAAUCUUCUACAGUUCCUCGACAAAGCCGAGGAGAAGUUCUCUCGUAUGGGUCCUCUGGGCUCCGACAUCGACGCAGUCAAACGCCAGAUCUCGCAACUGGCGGCCUUCAAGCAGGAGGUCGAUCCGCAUAUGGUGAAGGUUGAAGCUCUCAAUAGAAGUUUGACGAGGCAAGCGGCAGAGCUCACGGAACGCACGUCGUCGGAGCAAGCGGCGGCGAUCAAGCAGCCGCUGAGCGAAGUGAACGCGCGCUGGGCGGCGUUGCUGCGCGGCAUGGUGGAGCGGCAGCAGCAGUUGGAGCGGGCGCUGUUGAGGCUUGGACAGCUGCAGCAUGCGUUGAGAGACACCCUCGCCUGGAUCAAACACACCAGCGACACACUCGAUACGCUUACACCGGUGGCUGGAGAUCCUCAAAUCCUGGAGGUGGAGCUGGCGAAGCUCAAAGUGCUAGUCAACGACAUCGCGGCGCACCAGGCCAGCGUCGACACGCUGAACGAGGCCGGCGCGCAAAUCGUGCAGCAGGGUACGGGCUCCGACGAAGCAGGAGAAACGGCAGAGAAAUUGGCUACACUGAACAGAAAGUGGCGGGAAUUACAACAAAAGGCCAGAGACCGACAGGCUGAAUUAGAAGAUGCCUUGCGAGAGGCUCAAAGCUUCAACGCUGAGAUCGGUGAUCUACUGUCUUGGUUAUCGGAAGUGGACAGUGUGAUCGCAGCAUCCAAGCCAGUGGGCGGUCUGCCUGAGACGGCAACUGAACAACUUGAGAGAUUUAUGGAGGUAUACAACGAGAUCGAAGCGAACAGACCAAAGGUGGAAGCCGUCCUGCAGCAAGGUCAGGAAUACAUCAAGAGACAAGAGAAGCCCAACCCUACCUCGCAACUACAUCUCAACUUGAGGAACUUGAAAUCCCGAUGGGACAACGUUACAUCCAGGGCAUCUGACAAGAAGAUUAAAUUGGAAAUAGCUCUAAAAGAAGCUACGGAGUUCCACGAUGCGCUGCAAGCCUUCGUUGACUGGCUCACUACCGCCGAGAAAACUCUUACCAACGCCAAACCUGUCUCUAGGGUUAUGGAAACUUUGCUCACUCAAGUCGAAGAACACAAGGCAUUCCAAAAGGAAGUCUCCACACACCGCGAAACUAUGCUCCAACUGGACAAGAAGGGAACCCACCUCAAGUACUUCAGCCAGAAGCAGGAUGUCAUCCUCAUUAAGAACUUGCUGGUAUCCGUACAACACCGCUGGGAACGCGUGGUUUCCAAGGCAGCUGAAAGAACUAGAGCUUUAGACCAUGGACUCAAGGAGGCCAAGGAGUUCAACGAUAUGUGGAACAACUUGAUGAACUGGUUGGGAGAGACUGAGAAGCAGCUGGACCAACUCAAUUCGGAAGCGACAGUCAACGAUCCUGAAAAGAUCAAACUGAGGUUAAACAAACACCGAGAGUUCCAAAAAGCUCUCGCAGCCAAGCAGCCAGUUUACGACCAGACCAGCAAAGUCGGCAAGCAACUGAAGGAUAAGGCUCCGAAAACCGAUGAGCCAGUUAUUCGCAACAUGCUCACUGAUCUCAAAACCAAGUGGACAACCGUUUGCUCUAAGGCUGUUGACAGACAACGCAAGCUAGAAGAGGCCCUACUUUACUCCGGGCAAUUUAAGGACGCAAUGUCCGCUCUCCUCGACUGGCUCAAGAAGCAAGAGAAACAGCUUUCCACUGACUCUCCUGUGCACGGAGACUUGGACACCGUCAUGGCACUUAUCGAACAACAUAAGCAAUUUGAGGAGGACCUUCACUCUCGGGAACAACAAAUGCAAUCUGUAUUGAAGACCGGCAGGGAUCUGGAAGCCACGGUGCCGCCUGAAGAUUCCGUCCAAAUCAAGAAACAGUGCAGCGAGUUGAAGCAAGCGUGGGACACGGUACAGAGCCUUAGCGAGAAGAAGGCGCACAGACUAGAAGUGGCCUUGAAAGAGGCGGAACGUCUCCACAAAUCGGUGAACAUGCUACUGGAAUGGCUCUCGGACGCGGAAACCAAACUGCGGUUCUCUGGACAACUGCCCGAAGGCGAACAGGAGACACAGCAACAGUUGCGCGACCACGAGCGAUUCGCGCGCGAGCUCACCGAGAAACAGAAGGACAAGGACGACACCAUCGCGCUCGCUCACUCCAUCCUCGGCAAAGCGCAUCCCGAUGCAGUCACAGUCAUCAAGCACUGGAUCACAAUCAUACAGAGUCGGUGGGAUGAGGUAUGGCAAUGGGCGAUGCAACGUGGAGGCAAGCUGGAAACGCACUUACAGAGUCUGAAAGAUCUGGACCUUGUUCUGGAGGAGCUACUGCAGUGGCUCACCGGCCUCGAGACCACACUUAUUUCGCUGGAAGCGGAAUCUUUGCCGGAAUCGAUCGAGCUUUUAGAAGGACUCAUAGAAGACCACAAGGACCUAAUGGAGCAUACGCAAAAACGACAGAACGAGGUCGACCGUGUCUGUAAAGCUUACCAGGUUAAGAGUCAAAGCCAGGGCCGCGAAUCAACACCGCGCAAGGUUUCAGCCAAAACCGCAACUAAAGGAACACCGAGCCGUGGCUCGCAGCACGACCUUCAUAGGGAGAGAUCGGUGUCGCCUGAUUAUUAUGGCAGUAGACGAUUCAGGUCCAGGAUUCAUAGUCGAAGUAGAAGAGGAAGUCGACUCAGUCCGGGCCGAGAUUCUCCGGACCGCAACCUACCGCAUUACGGACCCCGAUUCCCGCCUAGAGGAAGCAAAGGAGCGGAACCGGAGUUCAGGUCGCCACGCGUGAAACAACUGUGGGACAAAUGGCGUACAGUGUGGCUCCUAGCGUGGGAGAGACAGAGACGGCUGCACGAGCGUCUCGCUCAUUUGAAGGAACUGCAACGCGUCUCCAACUUCAGCUGGGAUGAUUGGAGAAAGCGGUUCCUGAAGUUCAUGAACCACAAGAAGUCCCGUCUGACGGACCUCUUCCGCAAGAUGGACAAAGACAACAACGGUUUCAUAGCACGCAAUGAGUUCAUCGAUGGAAUUAUUAACACCAAAUUCGACACAUCCCGGCUGGAAAUGGGUGCAGUGGCAGACUUGUUCGACAGAAACGGUAGUGGCCUUAUAGAUUGGGAAGAGUUUAUCGCUGCGCUCAGGCCCGACUGGGUGGAAAGACGAGGUCCGCCGUCGGACGCGGACAAAAUUCACGAUGAAGUGAAGCGCCUUGUGAUGCUGUGCACGUGCAGGCAGAAGUUCAGGGUGUUCCAGGUUGGCGAGGGCAAAUACAGGUUUGGAGACUCGCAGAAGUUGCGCCUGGUCCGCAUCCUGCGCUCCACCGUGAUGGUGCGCGUGGGCGGCGGCUGGGUCGCGCUGGACGAGUUUCUGGUCAAGAACGACCCCUGCAGAGCGGAGGAGUUUAUGGAGCAGCUGAGACCCAUAUUCGAAGCUCUCAGGCAACGAGAGGAGCUUCCGUGUUCGUACCCGCUCCACGUGGGUUCAACACAUGGCACGAAGCAAGCUUUCAUUUACGGCCAUUCAAGAUCGCAAGGAUCGACGACACCCGGCGCUCAUCAUUAUACACAUCACCAUGGAUACCAGCCUUCUCCGGGAUACCACUGGGUGCGAGAGCGUACAGUUCGCUCAGUUCCAAUGUCUGCGGGAGCAGCGGCUGGUCGCGCUUCGCGAUCGUCUCUCAGCGCUGGAACACCUGACUCGCUCAGUGAUAACGAAGCUGCUAGUGGGCUCGGUCAAAGAUAUAGAAAGCCUAGUGCACCAAGAUCGACCUUAACGCCCAGCGGUUCACGACCAGGGUCUAGACCAGGAUCGAGGACAGGAUCGAAGCCACCAUCUAGACAUGGAUCGAAUUUGUCUCUAGAUAGCACAGAUGAAGUUUCAACUCCAUCACGAAUCCCCAUGCGUAAGGUGACAAGUACGCGUACAUCUACGGCUCGAGCGGCCGCAAAUGCCAGCAAGUUGGGAGUUACGACUCCCAAUGGCGGAUCUCGCCCACGAACCCCCACUGGAUUCCUGACGCCAGCAAGUGGAAGGUUACCUAGUGGAGCGAUGUACCGCACAUCGAGUAUUCCGACACUCUCACCGGUGCCGGCGUUAGUAAGUUCGACACAUUCCCAGCCAUCCUCAAUGGCAUCUGAACCUCCUAAGCCCUUAUCUCAUACUCAUCCUGCAUUCCAAACCCAGGGUACUACCAAAAUUCCCGUGUACGUCGGAACCCGAUCGCAAAGAACGCCUUCUGUGGAACGAAAGUUUAAAACUUCACGAAAGUCACGGUCUCGAGAGACUUCUCAAGAUCCUAGUCCUAUUUCCCAUGACCCUAAAUCAGACCAACGAAGUCCAGAAGAUGAUUCCUCACUGUUCAGCAUAUCGGGAAUGACGAGUGACAAUGAAUACGAAAGUAAUAUAAGCGAGUCGAGCGGCGAAGCGUCAAAGCCAACCCAACGAGAUAUCAAAGGGAGUGGGUCGUUUGCCUCGACCGAAGGACAAGCGCCUGGCAGAAGUCGCAUACCGGUGCCUAAGGAGAUUAAUAGUCAUACUAGACAAAGGACUCCGUCGGGAAGUACGACGCCCGUACGGCCCGGGCAACAGACCGCCGCAUCGCGCCUGACGAGGCGGCCGUCCGACGCCACGGACGGUGCGCCAGCGACACCUGUCACCCGCCGCACAUCGACAGCAACUACGAAAACUACGGAGAAACGCGAACCUUUUCGACUAUAGGCGAAACAAUGUAUAAUUCAAUAUCAUUCCCGAUAAAGUUCCGCCAUAUUCAUUGUAAUUAUUAUAAUCAUUUUCAAUGUGGCGGAGUUUUGUAUAGAUUUUUUAAAUUAUGUGCAGCCUGCUAGCCGCUUUGAUUUAUUACAAAUAUAAUCUAAUGCCGUUUUUGCAAAUUUUAUGUUUUAUUUGUAAGCUAGUGUAUGUUUAAUAUUGUUACACGCGUUAAAAUAAAUCGGAGCGUCUAGCCUCAGCUACACGUUAAAGUGCCGAUGAAAAGAUUAAAUAUUACUAACAUUAAAUUAACCUGUUCGCGAUUUAAGCCAAGCUUGUAUAAAACAUUGCGAACUUGGCUUUUAAUUAGUAACAACUAUAGAUUGUAGUCAAACAUAAAGUCUGCACUUGUUGCCUUGUAUACUUAUUUUCUACGAUCCAUGCCUCUUUACACGUUGGAGUUUUGUGCUGUCAGUAUUUUUUUUACUGAUCAAAUUGAUUUAGUUUUUCUGUUUCAUUGUGAAUAUUUUCUUAUUUAUUGUCAAAGUUGCCAUAAUUGUUAGUGUACAUGUUAUAUACGUAUUAGUCUCUAUUAGGGGCCGAAAGUGUGAUUUUGUAAAACGUUUUGUAUUUUUUUUUCUUUUAGGGACCAUUUUGUUUACGGAAUAUUCAUUCGUAGGCAAUUACCAGUAACCAAUUUCAUCAGUUAUUCUUGCACAUAGUAACGCCAGACUAUAUGCUUGAUACACUGGCUGAAAUUGAUACUGUUAAAUAAUUAUUAUUUGAGGUGAUAAUAGACUUAUGUUCAUUUGUAAUGCACAAUCAUGUUUUCUUUUAUUUUAAUAUUAUCAUUCGAUUCUAUACAUAGAAAUAUAAUAAUUUAUCAACAAUCUUAGGAUUUACUUUACGUAUGUGAUUAUUUAUACACUUGCACAAUAUAUUUAUUGUGAUUGCAUUAAGAAUUUUGCAUUGAACUGGUAAAUUUAAUAAUUUAAAACUUUGCGGCUGUCGCCAGAGUUGUACUGAUUUAUAGUUAUAUUUACCAGAAUUUGCUCACGAAAAUAAAUUCCAUAGCAGACUUUUUAUUUUAGUAAAUAACUAAAGUACAUAUUGUCGACACGAAAGACAUUUACUUAACAAAACUAUAUUAAGAAACCUUUUUUUAUAUAUAAAAAAUACGCUUUAAUAUGUAACCUUCCUUAAAAAAAUGUUAACCAACACUCACAUUUACUUGUUAUUUUUAUUAUAAAUCUGACUUUAAGGAUAGGCCUUUAUUAUUAGAAAUAUUGUAAACUAUUAAUCUGGUCAUUUUUAUUUAAAUCAUUGUUGUAUUUGUUAUAAUAUUUAUGUAAAAUCAAAGCAAAUUUACUAAAAGCUUGCAAUUUUUUUUUUUGUAAAAAGUUUCUAAAGAGCUACUACAGUUUUAAAUCUCAUAAUUGAUUUCAAAAUAAAAAUAACAUUAAUUA